CAUAUUCGGAACCUCAUAACUAGUUUACCAUGAAAAUAUGUUGCCUUUUUCAGAAAGUCGUCCUCACUUCUCAGUUGCCACUAAACUAGACAAAACUGACACUUUCCUCUUCACUGUACUCUCUGUAUCCUCUACUGAAUUCAAGAUUCAAGAUUAGGGAGAUCAAUCACUUCAAUUGUCAAUGGAUUCUUCAAUUGGAUCUCAAAAACUCAAAUCAGAAUCAAAUAUUAUAACCCUCAAUGUUGGUGGUGAGCUCUUUCAAACUACUCGACAAACCCUAACCCUAGCUGGCCCCAAUUCUUUCCUUUCCACAAUUUCUUCUUCAGAUUCAAAUUCAGAUGUACCCUUCAUCGAUCGAGAUCCCCAAUUAUUCGCCCUCAUUCUCUCUCUUCUAAGAACCGGAAAUCUUCCCUCAAAAUCAAAAAAUUUCGAUCUCCAAGACCUAAUUUCCGAAUCCCAAUUCUAUGGAAUUGAGCCCAUAUUACGCAAUUCUCUCUCUAACCCAUCUCAAUUCAACCCCUUAACUCUCCAAAAAUCGUUGAUUCUUCCCUUAAAUGGAAGAGACAUUUCCUCUGCCAUUUCUACGACGUCGUUUGGUUCUGUUCAUGUUGCUCAUGGUAGCAAGAUCACUUCUUUUGAUUGGUCAUUAACUAAAAAGUCAACGGUUUUGACCGAAUUUGUUGCUGUUGAUUCUCUGUUAGCUCUCUCACAUGAUGUAGCUGCUGUUGGUGCCACUGAUUUUUCUGGGUUGCAAAUAAUUGAUCUUGAACAGGGUUUUGUGAGGGAGAGGUUGAAUUGGGAAAAUUCAACUAGGUCUACCUCAAAUGUUCAGGCCAUUGGUUCAUCCGAUGACUAUUUGUUCACUAGUUUUGAAUCUAGUCGGAGGAAUUCUAAUGCUAUUGUGGUUUAUGAUAUCUUGGGUGAUUUCAAGCCAGUUUUCGAGAUUGCUCGAAACGAGAUUUAUGGUGCAGAAUUUGAUUGUUCAACUAUACCAGCAACAAAAUUGAGUUGGGUUUCUAGUUAUAAUUUGUUGAUGGCAUCUGGGUCUCAUAGUGGACCAACAGGUGUAUUUGGUAGCAUAAAAUUGUGGGAUAUUAGGAGUGGAAAUGUAGUUUGGGAGAUGAAAGAAAAUGUGGAUUGCUUUGCUGAUAUUGCGGUUUCGAGUUCUUUGUCAUGUAUGUUUAAAGUUGGGAUCAAUUCUGGUGAAGUUUUCUUUCUAGAUUUGAGAAAACUUAGCCCUGAAAGUGAAUGGGAUUGUUUCGGGAAUCGAACGAAGUUGAUAAAUAAAAAGAAAGAGGGAUUGGGUUGUAAAGUAGAAUGUUAUGGGAGUAAUGCAUUUGUUAGUAAAGAUGGGGAAUUAGAGUUAUGGUCAGAGGUAGUGCUUAGUUCGUCUUCUUCAAGAAGUGGUGAAAAUGUGGUGGAUGAUAGGGGUGUUUUUAAGAGGACUAUAAUGGGAAAAGCUAAAGAUAGUGGAGGUAACAAAAUUACCAACUUAAGAUUUGGUGGGAACAAGAUGUUUGUUACAAGAAAGAAUGAGCAGAUUGUUGAAGUUUGGCAGGGCUUAACUUAACUAGAGGUUCUUGAUUUUUGAUCACUUAAAUUCUUGCUCGUAUGUAACAUUAUAAAUAUUCUGUUCUGUAACAUUGAGAAAGGCUCUUGUUGUAAUUUCUUUGUAAAUGCAUGUUGUAUCCACUGCUUACUGUACUAUCUAUCUCUUUUCUUAUGUGAAUUGAUUUUGAUUA